AAUUCCAAAUAUUCAAACCUUUCUCCCAUUGUUAAAGGCAGGGGUUCCAUAAAGAGGCUUUCUUCAAAUAGUAAAAUUAUAUUUCAAAAUUGUACAUGUAAAAGUAGUACUGAAAAUGGGCUCGAUGGAAUGUAACGCUCAGAAUCGUUGUACUUCUUUCUAGCUCUUUCAUUCAGAACUUACCGGCGGAACAAGAGUGUCAUGGAGGUCCGUAAUCCUGGAAAAUCCAGCCAUUUGAUUUCUGCGACAACUAACCGAUUCCCUUUGCAACCCAAGCUUACACAACUCAGAUCAUGCUCUGUUACCAGGCCUUUGGUAUCUGAUAGGCUUCGAUGCAGUAUUAAUAGUUCCUGCACGAUUCAACUUUGGCCUAAAUUAACUGGAAUCUCGCCUACUGACAAUAUGCAGCGUUUCAAGAGCAGGACGAGACAUAGAAGCUGCUCUGCAAUAAGAAAUGGUGAUCACUCUUUUCCUGAAGAGGAUAACCCAGAAGACAAAAGGGAAUUGGACUCUUCUGAAUUAUCAGAUGCUGGUGGAAGAUGUGAACCCAGCAAUUUAGAUUGGCGAUCCUUUCGAGCAAGGCUUGUGGCCUCAGAACAGAUUCACAAGACUGAAAAUAGUGAAUCGGGAAAUAUAACAGAAUUCCCAAAUUUAUUAGGCUCCAAAUGGGCUCAUCCAAUUCUUGUGCCUGAACCUGGUUGUGUGCUUGUUGCGACGGAAAAGGUUGAUGGUCAAAAAGAUUUUGAAAGGACUGUAGUUUUGCUUCUUAAUGCAGGUUCCGGUGACCCCAGAGAGAGGCCUUUUGGGGUUAUUCUUAAUCGCCCUAGGCAGAUGUGUAUCAAGGACAUGGAGCCAACAGAUCCAGAUUUGGCCGAAAUUUUUGCGCAUUGCCCACUUUAUUAUGGUGGGCCAUUAGAAGCAAGCAUUUUCCUACUAACCACAGAGAAAAAUGUUCCGACAGAUUUUGAGGAAGUCAUUCCUGGUUUGUGUUAUGGUGCUAGGAACAGUCUGCACUAUGCAGCAGAGCUUGUGAGGAAUAACAUACUUGAACCUCAAAAUUUCAGGUUCUUUCUUGGUUUCUCAGGCUGGGAAUUGGAUCAAUUGAAAAAUGAAAUUGCCUUAGAUUAUUGGUAUGUUGCAGCAUGCAGCUCUAAUCUGAUCACUAGUGCCUCUACCUCAAGCUCUGGGCUGUGGGAGGAGAUUUUGGAGCUCAUGGGAGGCCAGUAUGCCGAACUUGUUACAAAGUCAAAGGAAGACAAUCUGUAAUAAAUUGCAGCAGUUACAGGACCGCUUAUUGAUGUUUAGGUACAUUAGCACUUGGCAGAAUAGGAUCCUUGACCAAUCUCAUUUUCUUUCCUCAUGAAAAUGAUUUGUGGAAUGCAUACAUCUGCCAACAAAGUGGAGUGCCUUUUGAAUUUGUAAUAAAUCUCUGCCUUUUGGAUUUAACCAUUCUAGAUAUUUGGAAGUGAAUUAUUUUGGAGCAGGCAUUGUUUAUGGUCUGCGAGAUGAGGAAUCAAUUUGAUACCACCAUCUAGGAGGCUGCAAUGUUAUCUGGAGGCAUGAAAAAGAUCCACUAAACAGUGAAGAUUGGUAUGUAACUCCAAGUCAUGAAGAGACCAGAAAUUGUAGAAAACGAAGGAAUUAUUGAAGGACAAUCAUAAUAUUGAUAUUACAGAAGUCAUUGUUAUCAGUGUGCUACAAUGAACUGUAUUUGUAAAACUCAGGUCACAUGGAUUAUAUUAAAAUGUAGUGUAUCUGUUUGAAUCA